AUGAAAGUUUUAUUGAUUUUGUGCGCAUUGGUGGCUGCAGCUUCAGCCGGCAUCAUCCAUGGUGGCUGGAAUAAUGGUUGGAAUUCGGGAUGGAAUGGUGGCUACACUUCAUAUCCCAAAGUAAUUAAAGUAAUACGUGUUGGUGGUGGCGGCUGGAAUGGUGGAUGGUCUGGUGGUCAUGGAGGUUGGUCUGGUGGCCAUGGCGGUUGGAAUAAUGGUGGGUGGAAUGGUGGUUAUAUUAGCAGGGGAAGUGGCUGUCGUGUUGGUGGUGGCGGCUGGAAUGGUGGAUGGUCUGGUGGUCAUGGAGGUUGGUCUGGUGGCCAUGGCGGUUGGAAUAAUGGUGGCUGGAAUGGUGGUUAUAUUAGCAGAGGAAGUGGCUGGUGGUGA